GCGAGGGAAACCUCCACAAGUAAAUCGUUGGUGGUGAGUUUCUCUCAUUGACGGCCACGCAAUUUUGCUCAUCACAGGAGUUUGCUGUGUCGGAUUCUUUUACGCGUCUUAGUACGACGAACGAGUCAAGUCUUCUGCUUCUUCUCCACAUAAACUUCUCAAAAUGGAUAAAGGAAAAGGUCGUGCUACUGAUUUCGUGAAACCAGAAACUCAGGAUACUCUUCCUUGGGUUGAAAAAUACCGGCCAAAAAAUUUAGACGAUGUCGUUGCACACAAAGACAUUAUUGCUACUUUGGAAAAAUUCAUUUCUACGAACCGAGUUCCUCAUAUGUUAUUUUACGGCCCUCCUGGAACCGGUAAAACCUCAACUAUUUUAGCAUGCGCAAAUCGUAUCUACGGACCGAAUUUCAGAAACCAAGUCAUGGAACUCAAUGCUAGUGAUGACCGUGGUAUUGAUGUGGUGCGUGAACAAAUCAAGAGUUUCGCUAGCACAAAACAAAUUUUCAGUUCGGCAUUCAAACUCAUUAUAUUGGAUGAGACGGAUGCAAUGACUCUGGCUGCACAAAAUGCGCUCCGUCGUGUAAUUGAGAAGUAUACAAGAAACGUCCGCUUCUGUAUCAUUUGUAACUACAUUAACAAAAUAGCACCUGCUAUCCAGUCUCGCUGUACACGGUUUCGGUUUCAGCCGUUGCCAAUUACGGAAAUUGAGAAGAAGGUCGACGAGGUUGCUGAGAAGGAAAACUGUACCAUUUCUCCUGAAGGCAAGACCGCACUUCUUCGUCUUUCAAAGGGUGAUAUGAGAAAGGCACUGAACAUCCUCCAAGCAUGUCACGCUGUAUAUGAUGUGGUUGAUGAAGCGGCUGUAUACAACUGUGUUGGUCAUCCUCAUCCUGCUGACAUCGAUUACUUUUUGAAAAGUAUUAUGAACGAAGAAGUCGUUACGGCUAGCAACGCUAUAACAAAAUUAAAACAGGAUAAAGGUCUUGCAUUGCAAGAUAUUAUUGCAUGCAUCUCAGAAGCGAUUGACGAGUUGCAGAUUCCAGCAAAUGCUAGAAUUUUCAUUCUAGACAAUCUCGCAAAGAUUGAGUAUCGGAUGUCUUUCGGAUGCUCUGAAAAAAUACAACUUAGUGCUCUCAUUGCUACCAUUAAGACUGGCGUCGAUUUGGCUGCUAAGAAUUAGUAGUAAAAGAUAUCUUGUACAGAUGGGGGGGCAAAAGUCUAUACCGUUCAUGAUUUAUAAUAAAUGAAGACACAACCAAAAUGCUUGAUGUGCAAACGAGUGUAGAGCUGUCUUAAUAAUUUCGUUCUCUUUUUUUCUAGAUUACUGACUAUAAACAAAAAAUUAAAAUCAAAAACCGUGAAUAACAUUAAAGUGUUAAUAACAUAAAAACAAACCAGGAAUCC